ACUUUGGAGCAUGAGUGGGAUACAAAAGGCCACUUUUCCUGUCUAUAUAAACACCCUCAUUGCUUUCUCACAAACCAUUCACAACAAACUAGCACACAACCCAUUACUACUGCUAGCUGCUGCUGUUGUUACUGCUACUAUUGUUUCGGUUCUCCUUUUGUACACCAUGCCGGCAGCUCCCAAGACCACCACCAUCCCCAACGAGCACAAGAAACCACUUGAGUUCAUUGAAGACGUGACAACCAAUGCCGGUGAGGUCCAAAACAGUGUGCUUUCAGAGAUCCUGAAGCAAAACUCCAAGACCGAGUACUUGCACCGGCAUGGCUUGAACGGUGCAGGCGAUGACAUCGCCUCCUUCAAAAAGUUCAUGCCCAUGGUCAAAUACGAAGAUCUCCAGCCUGACAUCCUUCGCAUCGCCAACGGUGACAAGUCUCCCAUCCUCUGCAGCCUUCCCAUCUCCGAGUUCCUGACAAGCUCUGGCACGUCUGGUGGAGAAAGGAAGCUGAUGCCGACUAUUGACGACGAGCUUGAUCGGCGGUCACUGCUUUACAGCCUCUUGAUGCCGGUGAUGAACCAAUACGUGCCGGGGCUGGACAAAGGCAAAGGAAUGUACUUGUUGUUUGUGAAGUCAGAGGCGAGGACUCCUGGAGGACUGGUUGCUCGUCCAGUGCUCACUAGCUACUACAAGAGCCGGCAUUUCAUUGAACGCCCCUUUGAUCCUUACAACGUUUACACCAGCCCCAACGAGGCUAUUCUUUGCUCUGACUCUUAUCAAUCCAUGUAUGCUCAGCUGCUUUGUGGAUUGCUUGAGAACUCUCUUGUUCUUCGAGUUGGUGCUGUGUUUGCUUCAGGUUUCAUUAGAGCCAUACAUUUCCUUGAAAAGAACUGGCCACGUCUGUCACAUGACAUCCUUACAGGCACAUUAGACGCCGAGAUCACUGACAGUGCCGUGAGGGAGGCUGUGAUGAAGGUGCUCAAGCCGAACCCAAGCCUCGCUAGUUUCAUUGAAACUGAGUGCAGGAAGGAAUCUUGGCAGGGAAUCAUUCUUCGCCUUUGGCCUAAUACUAAGUACGUUGACGUGAUUGUCACCGGAGCUAUGUCACAGUACAUACCAACCCUAGACUUUUACAGUGGUGGCCUCCCCUUGGCCUGCACCAUGUAUGCUUCUUCUGAGUGUUACUUUGGUCUUAAUCUUAACCCAAUGAGAAAGCCUAGUGAGGUCUCCUACACUCUCAUUCCCACUAUGGGCUACUUUGAGUUCCUUCCCGUCAAUCACAGAAACAACUCCAACGAUGAGACUCUAGACCAUCAUGACCUGGUGGAUCUUGUAGACGUGAAGCUUGGCCAGGAAUAUGAGCUUGUUGUCACCACCUAUGCCGGUUUAUAUCGGUAUCGAGUUGGUGACGUGCUUAGGGUUGCCGGAUUCAAGAAUAAGGCACCACAAUUCAACUUCGUUCGUCGGAAGAACGUGGCAUUGAGCAUAGAUUCAGAUAAGACCGAUGAAGUAGAGCUCCAUGCGGCAGUGAAGAACGCUGUGAACCACCUUGAGCCAUUUGGAGCAACUCUGUUUGAAUACACUAGUUAUGCAAACACAACCACAAUCCCAGGGCACUAUGUCUUGUACUGGGAGCUCCGGCUUGGUUCCAGAGCAAUCCCUCCUUCUGUCUUUGAGGAUUGCUGCCUUGCUAUUGAGGAAUCACUCAACAGUGUGUACCGUCAGGGAAGGACGGCAGAUGGAUCCAUAGGACCAUUGGAGCUUAAGAUUGUUGAAGAUGGGACCUUUGAUAAGUUGAUGGACUAUGCCUUGAGUCAAGGGGCAUCCAUUAACCAGUACAAGGCUCCUCGUUGUGUGAAGUCUGAACCUGUUGUUCAACUUCUGGACGCAAAGGUGUUGUCAAACUACUUCAGCCCAAAGUGUCCUAAAUGGGUUCCUGGGCACAAGCAAUGGUUGAAGGACAAUUAGAAAGUAGCAAUGACAAUAACUGUGGAGAAACUGGAAUUGGUUCUCUCUUGGUCUUAAUGAGCUCCUCCUUUUAUUAUUGUACGUGUUGCUACGUUUAAAUUGGUUUUUUCUUGGUCUAGUUUUGGUAUGAUAAUUAGGUCUUGAUCUAAAACUGUGUAAAAACAUUUCAUCCUACUCAUGAAGUAAGCCAUUUUCCAAAUA